GGAGCUGAAAAGGGUUUAAAACAUGUUGUGUAUUUUCAUCCUUUUCUCUGACAGCCAGGCUGAAAAGGCUUUAAACAGUUAUAAUCAAGGAGAUAUAGAAGGGUCAAAAAGACUGGGUCGCAAUGCACUCUGGGUUGCUGUGGCAUCAAUUAUCAUUGGCCUUGUCAUCAUUGGAAUCUAUUGUGUAGUUCAUUUCACAACGGUUCUUUUUUUCAUUGAAGUCAGUGAUGCAUCACCUAUCCUUAAUUACUCCAGUAUAAAACUUCACAAACACUGGUGAAAUCAGUUGAUUUCUUCAGCAUAUACUGAUUGAAUGUGUCCAAGUGGGAAUCUUGCCACUGAUUUUGAUGAUCCCAAGAAUUGGCUGUUCUGUGAACUCCUCUUUUGUUUUUGAAUACUCUUUCAAUGGUCUGAUAUGUCUUGUGGGACUUUUGGUAGCUUGCCUUAUUACCAGAUAUGAUAGAACUGUCAUUGAGAAGUGGAAUAAAAUUACUUUUAAUUCA